AUGUCGCUCGCCCGCUUCAGCUCGCAGUUCUCGCUGAACCGGUCGCCGCUGGCCAAGGCCGCCAUGCCGCAGUCGCACGAGGUCCAGCGCCGUCGCGUCUCGCUCAUCGGCCGUCUCUUCGCCUCCAGCGAGCCGCGCGAUCCCAUUUACCAGCCGCCGCCUCUACACCCAAAGAAAGCGUCGUCCAAGCGGUCGCUCGCCGACACUCCGGAUGCCGAUGACCCGCCGACCGCGUCCGUCGACACCUUCCCGUUCGUGUGCCACUUGGUGUCGGACGAGAAGGAACAGCUCUCGUCGGAGGCGCUUGAAGCCGCCCGCAUUUCCGCCAACCGUUACUUGACCAAGUUCUGCGGCAAGGACAACUUCCACAUGCGCAUCCGUUGCCACCCGUUCCAGGUCCUCCGUAUCAACAAGAUGCUUUCGUGCGCCGGUGCCGAUCGUCUCCAGACCGGUAUGCGUCACGCUUACGGCAAGCCCACGGGUGUCGCCGCCCGCGUCGCCAUUGGCCAGCCCAUCAUCUCGGUGCGCUCCAAGGACUCGUUCGGCCCCGCCGUCGUCGAGGCCCUUCGCCGUGCCAAGUUCAAGUUCCCGGGUCGCCAGAAGGUGCUCGGCUCCAAGAAGUGGGGCUUCACCAAGUACGAGCGUGACGUGUACGCCAAGCUCCGCUCGGAGGGCGUCCUUGCCCUUGACGGCAACCACGAGAAGUACAUGCCCAACCACGGCGUGUUGAAGUUGUAA